AUCUGCUGCAGUGCAAGCAGAAGCUGGAGCUGGGCUCAGCUUGGCUGUUCCACAUAGGUAGCUCGAUUUUGGCGGCACAGGGCUCCCUUCCAAAGCGGGGCUUCCUUCCAUCCUGCAGCUGCAUAUUCGCAGAUCUGCCUGGCACUACCUGUCCGGCUGUCGAAAUUGCGCAAGGGGUGAUCUCACCUGAAAUCCGGAGCACAGCAUUGAACUGAAACUUGAAAGAGUGCUCUGCUGAUCAGCUGGUGUAGUGUCCAGAAACCUUCUAAGAUGUCAAUUCGCGUCCUCGCAGCACCAAAGGCUGCUGCAUUGCAGUCACCUCUCCAAAGCCUCAUCUGUUCUGAAUGGAGACGCCCCCAGGCGUCAGUCCCAAGCAACGCAGGACUCCGCUCAACGUUCAAGUCCACCAAGAGAGCCAGUCAUCGUUCUUACAAUGCUGCCAAUCCUGUGAAUGCAUUGACCAAGACAGCAUUCUAUGGCAAGCAACCUAACAUAGCCUGGCAAUCCAAGUCCAGCUCAAGGAUUGGGAGGGGGGGCACUGGUGCAAUCCAGGCAAGUGUGCUGGAUGGAGUCCACAUGGAGCCUGGCGGCCUGGUCGUUUUGGAGGAAGAGACGAAGCUGACGCAGGAUGAAUGGGAGGAGGCAAAGAACACAGUGCGUGCGAAGAAGGCCACAGAGCGGUGGAUUGAGCAGAUGAUCUUCAACUGCCGAUUCUUCACACUUGCUGGCGUUGCCGGAUCGCUCCUCGGUUCCUUCCUCUGCUUCCUCAAAGGGAGCUACUAUGUGUUCAGGGCUUUGCAAGGUUACAUCGCCCUUAUAAUGAUUGCUCACGACAAGGGCCAGGUGGUCAUGAAGCUGAUUGAAGCGCUUGAUACGUACCUUGUUGGCACCGUCAUGCUCAUCUUUGGGAUGGGGUUGUAUGAGCUCUUUGUGAUGAAGUUGGAAGGGCCGGGCGAAGUCGAACACCACAACUCAAGCUUUUUCGGCCUCUUCCGACUCGAGGAACGUCCCACGUGGCUCGCGAUCAACGGCCUGGACGACCUCAAGACCAAGCUGGGCCACGUCAUCGUGAUGAUCCUGCUCGUGGGGAUGUUCGAGAAGUCCAAAAAGGUGCACCCCCAAAACUCGACGGACCUGUUCCUGACCGCCGGCUCCGUGCUCAUGUGCGCCGGGAGCCUGUACCUGCUCAACCUUCUCAAGCACUGAGAACGCGGCAAUUUGCGGGGGGCUGUGCAUGAAGAAGCCUUGCUGUAUGCAAUGUACUAUUUUAUGUUUCAACAUAAUUGGUCAACCGGGCACUUCCUUAUAGGCAGCAUACGUAGUACUUCCGCUCUCAUAUGAGCAAUUUGUGACGACAGAUUAGAGGAGAUACGUAUGGUCAACAGAUUGUGAAGCAGACUAAAUUGUAUAUAUAGUUGUGUUUGGAUUUGGCAUACAUUUGGAUUAUAGCUUGGGAGGGUCAAAUUGAUUGCUGUCCGCUGUUCAGCUCAGCAUUAUUAUAACAGAUAGAAAAUUGGGACUGGCGGAUGUAGGCGAUACAGUAAACAGAGAUGGCCACAUGCGAUAUCCUGAGAAUCUGGCUGCAAAUAUAUAUGGAAGUACAUUGUUCCGUAGAUUUAAGACGGUAAUGGAAGUAAUUAAAAUGAUUGAACCUGGUCAAUAAAGGAGGGCAGAUGGUUGAAUCAUUCUGUGUACUCGUCAGAUCGAGAAAGGUCCAUCCGACUGGAGUGCGAUAUACUAAAAAACCAAG